AAUCAAAUCCAAGGAAAGAAACUGCCGGCUUUCAAAAUCCUCCUCCUCCGCCAUCAUCCGCUGCCGUGCGGGGAGCAGGUGGUAUCCGAGACGCGAGUGGCGAGAACUGCCAAGAGAGCUGACAGACAGGCGGGCUGGGCUUCGGCACUGCUGGACUCGGAGGCGGCGCCCCCGACCUGACCCGCACCCUAAAUCAGUCCGCCAGUCGGACGCACGCGCUUGGGUCGUCCCACGCGGCUGCGUCUGUUUACGUUUGCAGAUUUCCAGGGGAGCCCACCAGCGUGUCCAGCAUGGCCUCUGAAGACAUUGCCAAGUUGGCAGAGACGCUAGCCAAAACCCAGGUGGCUGGGGGACAGCUGAGCUUCAAAGGCAAAAGUCUCAAACUCAACACUGCAGAAGAUGCCAAGGAUGUGAUUAAAGAGAUUGAAGACUUUGACAGCCUCGAGGCUCUGCGCCUGGAGGGCAACACGGUGGGCGUAGAAGCAGCUAAAGUCAUCGCCAAGGCCUUGGAGAAGAAGUCGGAGCUGAAGCGAUGCCACUGGAGCGACAUGUUCACCGGAAGGCUGCGGUCCGAGAUCCCGCCAGCCCUGAUCUCACUAGGGGAGGGACUCAUCACAGCCGGGGCCCAGCUGGUGGAGCUAGAUCUAAGUGACAAUGCGUUCGGGCCCGAUGGCGUACGAGGCUUUGAGGCCCUGCUGAAGAGCUCUGCCUGCUUCACCCUGCACGAACUCAAGCUCAACAACUGUGGCAUGGGCAUCGGUGGCGGCAAGAUCCUGGCAGCAGCCCUGACUGAGUGUCACCGAAAAUCCAGUGCCCAAGGCAAGCCGCUGGCCCUGAAGGUCUUUGUGGCUGGCAGAAAUCGUCUGGAGAAUGACGGAGCUACUGCCUUGGCAGAAGCUUUUGGGAUCAUCGGGACCCUGGAGGAGGUCCACAUGCCACAGAACGGGAUCAAUCACCCCGGCGUCACUGCCCUGGCCCAGGCUUUCGCCAUCAACCCCCUGCUGCGGAUCAUCAACCUGAAUGACAACACCUUCACUGAAAAGGGUGCUGUGGCCAUGGCCCAGACCUUGAAGACCUUGCGACAGGUGGAGGUGAUCAACUUUGGGGACUGCCUGGUGCGCUCCAAGGGCGCUGUUGCCAUUGCAGACGCUGUCCGCGGGGGCUUGCCCAAGCUGAAGGAGCUGAACUUGUCAUUUUGUGAAAUCAAGAGAGAUGCCGCUUUGGCCGUGGCGGAGGCUGUGGCAGACAAGGCCGAGCUGGAGAAACUGGACCUUAAUGGCAACAUCCUGGGGGAAGAAGGCUGUGAGCAGCUUCAGGAGGUGCUGGACGGCUUCAGCAUGGCCAAGGUGCUGGCGUCCCUCAGUGAUGAUGAGGGUGACGAUGAGGAGGAUGAGGACGAGGACGAGGACGAUGAUGAGGGAGAAGAGGAUGAGGAGGAAGAGGAGGAGGAGGAGGAAGAAGAGGAGGAAGAAGAGGAGGAGCCACAGCCACGAGGAGAGGGGUCCCCGACGCCACCGAGGAAUAUUCUGGACUCUGACAGUGGGGAACCAGCUUCCACGCUGUCCUCGCCGCCCCCCGCAGACGUCUCCACCUUCCUGGCGUUCCCCUCUCCGGAGAAGCUGCUGCGCCUCGGGCCCAAGAGCUCUGUGCUGAUAGCCCAACAGACUGACACAUCUGAUCCGGAGAAGGUGGUCUCUGCCUUCCUGAAGGUGUCCUCUGUCUUCAAGGACGAAGCCACAGUGAGGACAGCAGUUCAGGAUGCAGUAGAUGCCUUGAUGAAGAAGGCCUUCAGCUCAUCCUCCUUCAACGCCAACGCCUUCCUCACCAGUCUGCUCAUCCACAUGGGUCUGCUCAAGAGUGAAGAUAAGAUCAAGGCCAUUGCCAACCUGUACGGCCCCCUGAUGGCACUGAAUCACAUGGUGCAGCAGGACUAUUUCCCCAAGGCCCUUGCACCCCUGCUGCUGGCAUUCAUGACCAAGCCCAACGGCGCCCUGGAGUCCUGCUCCUUCGCCCGCCACAGUCUGCUGCAGACGCUGUACAAGGUCUAGGGCUAGAUGCAAAGCAUCCUCUCCUCGACUCUCAGCCCGGACCAGUGACUUGGGAAUGGACUCAGAUGAAGGACUGGCCAGAGGCAGAGAGGGUCUUUGUCGCAUGUGUCGUGUCAGUCCCCCAAGCGUGUGUGUCGGUGUGGUGCACGUGCCAGUGUGUGCUUCCUGUUGGGGGUGGGGUUUUUAACAUCUCCCUGCUGGGCUGGCCCUGGUCCCCUGGAGUGGAGCUUGCCCCAGGCCAAAGGGCUGCAAGUUGCCAGCUGCUCUGCCAUUAAACUCACCACCAUCUGAGGGCGCUGCGCUGAUCUGUGCCUCAGGUUGAGGUCCUGGUGGCUGUCCCACCCACUUUGCCUUCCUUACUCUCCUGGGCUGUACCAAAGCCUGGAGAGUUCCUGUCUGUGAGCUGUUCCCUCCCUCUGUGUUGUGUCCAGGCUGUGUUUCCCACCCUGCCUGGGGCCACUUGGUGGCUACCUCUGCUUCCUUUCACCAAGCCCUGAUCCCACAGCCACCAGUCCCCACCAUCCAUCCGUGUGGUGCUGAGCCCUUGGCGUGAGAGGCAGAGACAACCGUGGUGGGGCCAUGGGGUGGUCAGCAGAGGGCAAGACCGCGGUGCCCAUGCCGUAUGGAUAGGACAGAAGCCAGUGGGCAGGCACCAGAGGGCCCUGUAACAGGAGUUGCUUGGAUGGUGCUGGCUCUGGACCCAGGGGUCCCUCCCCGGAUGCUAAGAGGAUGUCUGCAGCUGGCCUGGGGGCCGAGCUGGAGGGGGCACCUUAACAGGCCCUAACCUGUUCUCUGCCAGGGGCGGGGCAGGGGCAGGGCCGGGGCAGGGCCCACUGCUGCCUGACUGCAUACCGGGGCUCUUGAAGGACCUGGGGCAGGGUAGGGACAGGGCUAGAGAUGCCCUGGACUGUCUCUUGGCAGCCCUGAGAACCCUGUGCUUUUCCUUUCGUGCUGUUUGUGUUCGGGCUGCGCCUGAGGCUCCACAAAUAAAGUCGUGUGUGGCAACAGUGGA